GGAGGAGGGUGCGAUCCUGCACAUCCAGCGGGACUAUGCCUAGCUCGCUUUUCGCCGACAUGGAGAGGAACGGGAGCGGAGGCGGCGGCGGAGGGGGAGGCGGCGAGACCCUGGAUGACCAAAGAGCCCUGCAGAUCGCCUUGGAUCAGCUCUCCCUCCUGGGCUUGGACAACGACGAGACGGGCUCCCUUUACGACAACGAGCCGCGCAAGAAGAGCGUGAACAUGACCGAAUGCGUCCCAGUGCCCAGCUCCGAGCACGUCGCCGAGAUCGUGGGAAGGCAAGGUUGUAAAAUCAAAGCUCUGCGGGCCAAAACCAACACCUACAUCAAGACGCCCGUCCGCGGGGAGGAGCCGCUCUUUGUCGUCACGGGCAGGAAGGAAGAUGUGGCCAUGGCCCGGAGGGAGAUCAUCUCGGCGGCCGAGCACUUCUCCAUGAUCCGCGCUUCCCGCAACAAGAACACCGUCCUGAACGGCGGCACGGUGCCCAGCCCGCCCAACCUGCCCGGGCAGACCACCAUCCAGGUGCGAGUGCCUUACCGGGUGGUGGGGCUGGUGGUGGGGCCCAAGGGGGCCACCAUCAAGCGCAUCCAGCAGCAGACCCACACCUACAUCGUCACGCCCAGCCGGGACAAAGAGCCCGUCUUCGAGGUGACCGGCAUGCCCGAGAACGUGGACCGCGCCCGCGAGGAGAUCGAGGCGCACAUCGCCAUGCGCACAGGCGGCAUCAUCGAGAUGACCGACGACAACGACUUCCACGCCAACGGCACCGACGUGGGCUUCGAGCUGAACGGCGGCGGGGGGGGCGCCGGCAGUCUCUGGAGCAAGCCCACGCCGCCUCCCCCUCCGCCCCCGCCGCCGCCUCCCCCGCCGCCGCCGCCCGCCCCCUCCGCCCCCGCCAGCCUCACGCCCACGCCCGGCCGCAAGCCCUUCUGCAGCUACCGCAACGACAGCUCCAGCUCGCUGGGCAGCGCCUCCACCGACUCCUACUUCGGCGGCGCUGGCGGCCGCCUGGGCGACUACAGCCCGCCCAGCCCCGCGCUCAACUUUCCCCACCACAACGGCAGCAGCGGCAGCAACAACAACGGCUACGGCGUCUAUGGAGGCGGCGGAGAGGUGCUGUCUUCGCCCGAGUGCUGCGCCGCCGAGCUGCCGCCUUUCGACUCCCCGCCGGGCUUCGACUUGGCCCCCGCGCCCCCGCCCGGCGCGCCCCUCCUGUGGUCCCAGUUCGAGCGCGGCGGGCCCUCCUCGCCCGGCGGCCCCGCGGCCUUCCCCGCCGCCGGCGCCUCCUCGACGGCCCCCAACGCCAACCUGGCCCUGCUGGUGAGCGGCGGGCCCAGGCGCGGCUGCGCGGGCGCUCCUCCUCCGCCGCCGCCGCCUCCUCCGACGCGCCUCUCCCCGCCCCUGCACGGCGGAGGCGUGGCGCUGGCGGCCGAGCCCCAUCCCCUGGCGCGCCGGGUGCGCAGUGACCCGGGAGGCCGCCUCAUCGCUGCCGCCGUGGCCGCUGCAGCCGCCGCCGCCGCCGCCGCCUCCUCCUCCUCCUCCUCCUACCCGCUCUACGCCAACGGGCUGGGCUGCCACCUGCCCGGCCUGCCGUCCGACUCCUCGGCCUCGUCGUCGUCGUCGUCCAGCUCUUCCUCCAGCUCCUCUUGCUCGUCCUCGGGCCUGCGGCGGAAGGGCAGCCGCGACUGCUCCGUCUGCUUCGAGAGCGAAGUGAUCGCCGCCCUCGUGCCCUGCGGCCACAACCUCUUCUGCAUGGAGUGUGCCAACCGCAUCUGCGAGAAGACCGAGCCCCAGUGCCCAGUCUGCCACAGCGCUGUCACUCAGGCCAUCCGCAUCUUCUCCUAAGAAGAAGAAAAGACAAGACUCCUCGGGCGCGUGCCCGCGCGCUCCCAUGUGCCCGCCUCCCAACUCGCCGCCUCUCCUUCUUAGAAGAAGGUCUCCUUCUACUUGUAUUCAGAGAUCCAGAGAUAGAUAUUAAAGCUGCAGUAUCCGCACAUCACCCCCCCAAAAGGGAAAAAAAACAAAUAACAAAAGGGGAGGGGAAGGGGGUUUGAACCUCACUUUACAGGAUGGUUCCCAUUUAAUUUAAAAAGUAUAUAUAUAAAAAUAUAUAUAUAUUAUUUUUGCAUUGAGUGUACUGUAGCCUAGAGUGGGUUAAGGGGGAUAUUUGUAACAUCAAAUGCAUGCUAUAAAUAUUAAGGAACGUCAUUCUAGUAAUAUACUAGUUUUUACACUUUUAAGGCCAAGCUUCCAAAACAAUCUCUCUCUCUCUCUUCCUUCUCUCUGUCUCUUUUCUAAAUUAAGGUAGGACAUGCAUAUGGAUUAUGAUGCUGUGUGAACCGUUAGUAUAAAGUGCUGGUAGUUGCUAGAUUGCUUAUUGAGAAAUCUAUGGAUGGAUAACUUUUCUUGAAUGUUCUUGAAAGGGCAAGGUUGUUUUUUCCUGUGAAAAAUUAAUAAUAAUAAACUAUGAUACUGCAGCUUUAUCAAAGAAAAAAAAGAAGAAAAAAGGAAACUGUAACAUAUCUCUUAUAUAUAUUAAAAAGCGUUUAAAGGUUUUAAAGAUAAAUUGCAUUAAUACAGAUUGAAGUAUUUUAUUCUUUUUUGACUUGAAAAAUUAUAUUUCAUAUUGCAAAGAUGUUUACAAGUAUUUUAAUUUAAGUUCAGUGAACUUUUUUGUAGCUGGGUUAAAUCUUUUUUAUUUUUUAGUAUGGCCUCAUGGGCAAAGAACACUGUAUUAUUUUAAUAUCACACGAAUUGUGAAUGGAAUUGCAAAACCAUAAAAUGUGUAAUACUUUGAACAGUAUUCUGUUGGGAUGGAGAUUUUUAUAGGUUCAAGAAAAAAAAUCUUUUAAAUCUGCUUCACCCAGCAUAUUUUCUAUUCAGUGAUAUAAAGCAUAUUUUAUUCUAUAUUAUUACAAAAAUUGAAAUGUUUUAAGCAUACGGUCAAAAGGAAUUGUUGAUGCUUUCUAACAUUUGUAUAAAUAGAAUUCGGUGGAAAUUACAAAAAAAUUCUGUUGCACCACUAUAGUUUAGUAUUUCUAUUUUAAUACAUUUGUUUACCACGUUUAUGUAUAUGUAGGUGAUGUUACUUGAUCUUAAAUGUACUUUACUGAACAAAGUUUAAAAACAAAGUAUAUUUUAUUUUAUGAUAAAGGGCCUUUAACCUCAUGGUCAAAUACUAAUAUUAUAUUUGCUGAGACAAGAUUUGAAAUUGUAUCAAGAGUUUUAUUUUUCUGACAUUUAAAGUUCUACAUAAUAAAGGUAAAACUUAAGUAAUGGUGCUACUUCAUGUUUUUUUUAAGUAUUUCUAUAUAAAUAAAAUAAAAUAUUACAGAAAGUA